GCCAAGUAAUGUUUAUUAAAAACAACCACUAAAAGUGUUCAAAGAAAGACAGGGUAAUGAACGUACCUCUGUUGUCGCCCGCCAUAUUUGUUUCCUUGUGAAGGUAUCCGCUGACCUGACAGAGACGAUUCGUUGGUAUAGCAACAGAACGUGGAAAACGUCACGAUAUAUCAUGGCUUUGCAGAUUUCCUGAAAUUGGAACUAAGAACACAGUGUUUGGAACGCAUAGGCGUGGAAAAAGAGGAAACCAUGAGCUCCAAAAACAAACCGAAAGCCUCGUCUGCUAUUGAUGCAGCCAAUGAGUUAUCUUCACCUUUAGAUUUCUCCUUUAAAGCUUUGGAAGGAGUACAAGGUUUGUAAAUCAUUUGAUUUGUUGCCCACGUUCUUUUAUUGUCCUCGCGAAUAUUUGUGAUAACUUUUGUCAAUCUCUGAAACCUUUGUCACAGAUGCCCUGGAAGAAGAACCCAGACCGGUUCGUCACAAAAUUGAGGUAAACAAAGCGUAAAUUUUGGCCAGUAUGGAUUUACUUGGGAAGUUUACUCUUAUCUUAAAAUGUCUAUUUAAAAACAAAUUAUAUAAUUAUCUAGUAAACAAUUUCUGCUUUGCAGAGAACUGAAGGAUCUGGACAGUUCAAAUCAAAUUCAGUACGCUUCUGCAAUAAUAACAUCUCGAAUCUUGAGAAUUUGUCUUCCACGCUGGAGCAGUUGUUGGAAAAUCCGUUGGAGCUGGCAUGGCUUGACUUGUCUUUUAAUGAUAUAUCCACCAUCGACAAGGUAAGUUUGUACUUCGGAUAUCAAGACUAACUUUACGAUCAAGUUAUAACGACAUGAAGAAUUUCGUACAUCCUAUGUUGCUGUUCAUCAACUGAGUGAGCUGUCAAGGGAUCAGUCUCCUUUUCCAGACCUUCAGAGUUUAGGACUCAGGAGGGCACCUUGAUGUAUGUGCCAACCAGAUCUCUAUAAUUGGACUCCAAUUUAAAAGGAUUGUACUCUCAAUGUGAUUCCCUGUUUAAGAGAUUGGUCCACAUUCAGUACAAAGUGCAAGAGAUUUGGUAUAUUUCAAUGGCCGGCCAUUAUAAUGGCUGAUGAUGAUUUUAAGGUUGUAUCUACCCUCUGCUUAUCACUUUUUUAGCAGAAUACUUGCCUAGGCUUUGGGGAUAAGGAGGAACUGGAAGGAGGGAAGUGGCUUUAAAUCUUUCAGCCAGGGAUAAAGAAAGCUGCAAGUUAGAUUUUAUGGAGGGUUCCAAGAGAUACAAUUUUAGUUGUUCUGCGCUCUUCUUCAUGGUUGCAUUGAUUUGACCUCUUUAAGAUUCUAGAUAGUAUUUCUCCCUACCAUACUAAGCAAACAGGUGACAAGAGUAAAGAAAAAUAUCUAUUAGGGGAUUAUUAGUUGAUCCAAUACCAAAUCCUCCCAACUAACUUUAUAAGAAUUGUAUGACAGACAUUAUGGAGAACUGAAUUCUCUGAACUAACAUUAUAAAAAUUGUGUGGUUGACAGUGAUGAGAAUGACAAAUUUGAUCUGGGAGUUAAAGGGUUAUUUGUUUUGUUAAUUUGCUUGACCUCAUUACCUUCUGUGUUAUUGACAAUGCUAAUUGCAAUUGGCCCUUAACUUCCAAAAGUGAUUUACAUGUUUAUUACACCCAUUUUGAAAUCACUGGUGGUCCCUGUAAUCUGAUUGGCUCUAAUUGGUGCGAUUUAUUCAUGAAUUGCACCAUUUUUUUAAACUUAUUUACUAGGAAAUGUGUAGCAGCUAGAGGGGAGAAUGAGAAAUUUCACAGCUUGGGAAUUGAAGGGUUACAAAUGUAAUUCCCUUUUCCAUUAGUGGUGAUUUGACAGACGAUGACAGACCACUAAGAGAGGUCUGCUCCAUUGGUGUUCCUGGUGCAAGGAUUGGUCUUAGAUUUUUUGCUUUCACUUGAUGCCCUUCUAAUCUGUUGUUUCAUUAAGCAAUUAUUAGACAAGGUUGAUGGUGAAAAAACCAAAUUCCAUAACUGUUUUUUAAACAAUCUACAAAAGAAGAAACUUCUCUCUGAGCUUGCAAAAGUUUGAGAACAUUACAUGGACAAGGGGCUUGGAAACAAGGCAGAGUUUGAACUUGACAUGAUAACUCAAUAUCUGCUGCAGAUAUUGGCUUGUCAUGCCACACCCUGUUGUAUAUUGACAGUAUGCUCAAGACCAAUCAGAGUUUUCAUAGUUUGUCUAAUGUACAAUAAUUAAAAAGAUUUGACCUUCUUUGCUCGUAGGUCUUGCUACAGUAUCCAAAGCUGAAGAUUUUAAACCUGCAUGCAAACAGCAUUGAAAAACUUUCAGAAGUGGACAAACUAGCUGAACUUCCAGAGCUUAUUAGUCUAACACUGCAUGGAAAUGACAUUGAAGACCUUCCUAGUUAUAAACAACACAUUAUUUCAACACUGCCAAGGCUCAAGACACUGGAUUAUACACCAAUUACAAACCAAAACCGAGCUGAUGCUCGUACAUGGAGGGAGAAUUGUCGGAGGAAGUAGAUUUGCAACACAGGGAGGGAUUUAAUUCCUCUAGCUUUCUUGGGGGUGUAUUUUGUGAGUACUGACAAUGUAAAGAUAGUUAAAUUGAAAACUUCACAUUGUAUAAAUAAUAGUGUUGUGGAUCUGUGUAAAAACAUUUCAAGAGAAGGUUAAUCUCUGGUAGAGUCCAGGCUGAACAAAGUUUCAUGUUUUGGUGAAAUAAACUUAGCACUUUUACAGUAUAAUGAGUCUGCAGGAAUUGGUGUAGUAAAACUUGAAAGUGCAAAAAACAAAUUUUGUAACAAUGUUACUGUAAAAGCGUGAUCACCUUUGGUUGAGAAUUCAGCCCGAAAAGAAAAAAUUGUCAGUAAAAUCAUACAACAAACAAGAUAAGUUUAGUUACCAGGUUAAUGAACAACUUAACAUUAAUUAUCAAUGUUGUCAAAAGAACUAAUUAACUCUUUGCUCACCUCACAAUAAAGACCAGUGUAAAUAGCAUUUUAACUUGAAAUUUUUAUCUCUUAUUAUAACCUCAAAACUUUGUUUUCUUUUUAUCUGCAUCACAGCCAACCUUCGGUAUUUCUUUUUCCUUUCCCUGGCAAUAUUUUUUUGAUGCAUUCUUCUCCAGCAAUGAUUUAUAAGGUGAAUACAAUGUUAUCCAGUGGAAGACACAG